GUUCCCAAAGCUCCUCGGUGCGCUGUCCACUUCAGCACCACAAGCCGAGCAGAGGCAGCGGUAGCUAACCCAGACGAGGAGCGACCGAAGACACGGCUCAACAUCAACACCGGCACCGACACGCAUCCCGAAAUACAGAAAAUACUGAAAAAUACCCACCGAUACCCGCCAGAAAAAAAAGCCCAAAGGGGCGAAGGGGUUAGAGAGAGAAGUUCGGUAAUCAUGUAUGAUGCAGCGAGGGUGCCAUCUCCUAAGGAUGGUGCAAACGGGAUGGCCCAGCCAGGGGUCCCUGGAGCAGGAGCAGGAACAGCUACAGGAUCAGGAGCGCCCACAUCCACUGUAGUCCUACAAGCUAAAACUGAGGAGGGACAGCUAGGUACAGAGGAGGAAGGAGAGCCCAAAGCAGAGCCUGCCCUGGUGAAGAAGCCACACAGAGAGAUUCUGGACCAUGAGAGGAAGAGGAGGGUAGAGCUCAAAUGUAUGGAGCUUCAGGAGAUGAUGGAGGAGCAGGGGUACACAGAAGAAGAGAUUCGACAGAAAGUGAGCACAUUCAGACAAAUGCUGAUGGACAAAGAGGGCGUUAUCACCAGAGGAGGCUCACAUAACCAACCUGUGGUCAACCACCUGCAUUAUCAGCCUGUUGAGUAUGAAGAGGAUCCUGAGUUGGUUGGCUAUGAAGAUGGAGACUAUGACCAUGAUUACCACAGUGACAACAGAGUGAAGAGGAAAUCGAGCAGCUCUCCAUCCCCUCGUCCAAAGAAAAAGAAGAAGAAGAAAUCUGGCCGCCGAAGGAGUCGGUUUGGCAGCUCCUCACCCACACGCAGAGAGAAGAAGAAAAAGAGUGGGAAGAAACACAAGCGAGACAGAUCUGCAUCUGGCUCUGGGAAAAAGAGGAGAUACAGAUCGGGCAGCCCAAAGAACAAACACAAAGACAAGAAUAAACAGAAAAAGAGGUCCCCUGGUGAGACCCCAGGUAGGAGUUCACAGCGUCAAGGCAGCUGCUGUAGCUCCCGCAGCGCCUCCCUGUCGUCCACUCGAAGCACCUCCAAAUCUCCUGCCAGACUGAACUCCAAGCACAAGACAGACAGACAAAAGGUGUCUGGCACCUCGCUUUCCGCGGGCCCCAACAGCCCCGCCUCAUGGCACAACGGGGACCACUCCCAGCGAAGUCGCAACGGCAAGGCCAGCAGACUCAACCACGCCGAGGGCGAGAAAGGGCACGAUAAGCUCCAUCUGCUGACUGCUAGCUCUGCAGGCAUCCAGUCCACUCUGCUGAGAGAGCACAAGCUCCACAGUGCCCCCAGCAGGAGCCAAACAGGACCGAUGUGUGCAGCAGGAGAGGCUAAGAGUGUGGAUGGCAGGAACACGGCUGUAGGGAGCUCCGUAACACAGACGCCAGGGAGGAGAGGGAGCCAGAGAGGCCAGAAUAAGAGCUCCCACUCCCCUGCUCACAGCAGCGACUCAGCCCACUCCCAGCACAAUCACACUCAUAGAGGGAGGAACUCUCGUCACCAGAGAAAGACAAAAGGUGGCCACUCUUCCAAGCGUCACCACCGCUCCAGUCGGGGUCAGGCUCACCAUCGGAGCCCAUCAGUAUCUCCAGGACGACGCUCACACACGUCCGGCAGGAAGAAAGAGGAGUCUCGGAGCAAACCCAACCUCCGACAGCGCAGUAGCUCGUGGAGCAGUGGGCGUUCGUCCUCACACUCUGCAUCCAGAGACAGAGGCCCCAGCAAGGCCAAGUCUCCACACAACAGACAAAACAACUCCAGGGAGAGGGACAGCCCUAACCGCUCUGACACAGACAGCCGAGCUCGUCGCCGCUCGCGCAGCUACUCACCCAUUCGCAAAAGGAGAAGAGAUUCACCCAGCUUCAUGGAAGCUCGCAGGAUCACCAGCGCUCGGAAGCGGCCGAUUCCGUACUACCGGCCCAGUCCUUCCUCGUCCAGCUACGACAGCAGCCCGUCACGGUCCAGCCGCAGCCGUAGCCGCAGCUACAGCAGCUACAGCCGCAGCAGAAGCCACAGCCGGAGCCACAACCGGAGCCACAGCAGGAGCCGGAGCCGGAGCCGGAGCUGGAGUCGGAGCCGCAGCCAGAGCCGAAGCUGGAGCCGCAGCAGGAGUCGCUCCCGGAGUCACCACAGUUACUACAGCCGCAGCAGCUACGACAGCCCCGGCUUCUGA